AUGCAGCAAGAUGGUAAUAUACAAGUAAAAAUAUUAAAAGAUGUAAAUCCAUAUUAUUAUAAAAAAGAAAAUCCAUACGACAGUUUAGAAUAUAGUAAAUAUAUUAUGAAUGUGAAUGAUAUUGAAACAACAAAUAUUAUUGAUGAUAAAAAAAAAGAUUUAGUUAAAUCAAAAUAUGAAAUUUUUACAACUGAUUCGUUGUCAACAACUACAGAUGAAAUAUCUUAUGGUUGUCAUAUUGAAAAUAAAAGUGAAGAAAAAGAAUAUUUGAAAUUUUUUGAUAAACAAACAGGUAGAAUACGACAAGAUAAUAACAACAACAAUAAUAAUAUUAAUAAUAAUAUUAAUAAUAAUAAUAAUAAUAUUAAUAAUAUUAAUAAUAAUAAUAUUAAUAAUAAUAAUAAUAUUAAUAAUAAUAAUAUUAAUAAUAUUAAUAAUAUUAAUAAUAAUAAUAAUUACCAUUGUGACAAUAUUAAUAACCUUUGUAGUACUGAUAAUAUUUUCGAUGAAAAUAUAGUAAGAACAAAAAAAAACGAUAAUACAAUUAUAAAUGGUAAUAUUAAAUAUUCAAACAAUAAUAAUAUAUUUAAUACCAACAUGGUGCCACAAAAAAAUAAUACACAUAUAUUUAAACCAUAUGAUAAAAAUAUGAGGAAUAUUCAAUUAUAUAAUAAGGCAGUCAGUUUUUUAAAAAAUGAUGGGGACGUAAAUUCAAAGAAAAAUAAUCAUGAUAGUUUGUUGUUUCUAAAAAGUGUGAGAAGUAAGAGUAAUAAUAAUCUGAUUGUAAAUAGAAAUAUAACAAGUAAUAUGACAAAUAAUAUUUCAAGUGGUAUGCAAAGUGGUAUGUCAAGUGGUAUGUCAAGUAGUAUGACAAAUAAUAUAUCAAGUAGUAUGACAAAUAAUAUAUCAAGUAGUAUGACAAAUAAUAUAUCAAGUAGUAUGACAAAUAAUAUAUCUAGUAGUAUGACAAAUAAUAUAUCUAGUAGUAUGACAAAUAAUAUAUCUAGUAGUAUGACAAAUAAUAUAUCUAGUAGUAUGACAAAUAAUAUAUCUAGUAGUAUGACAAAUAAUAUAUCUAGUAGUAUGACAAAUAAUAUAUCUAGUAGUAUGCUUAAUAAUAUGAAUAGGGUUGUGACGAAUAAUAUUAUUACUAAUAUAAACAGGUCAGUGUCUGGAAGUAAAAGUAUGAACAUGAGCAACCCCUUAAUUAUAAAUAAGAUGGAUUAUAAUACUGAUAACUAUCAACACCAUCACCACAACAAUAAUAAUAAUAAUAACAAUAAUAGUAAUAAUAGUAAUAAUAACAGUAAUAGUAAUAAUAACAGUAAUAAUAAUAAUAAUAAUAACAGUAAUAGUAAUAGCAAUAGUAGUAGUAAUAUUUUAAGUGGUAAAUAUUUUGUGAAUUCUCAGAAUGGUAACAAAAAUAAUUUCCUUAUAAAAUUAGGAGAAAGCACAAUACGAUCUACUACAAACAUUUUAGAUAUUUAUAAACAAGGAAAUAUGUAUAUGCACAUGCCAAAAAAUAUUGACGUAUUGAAUAAUGUCUCUUCAUAUAAUAUAACCCAUGAAAAUUAUAUUAAAAGGGACAUGGCAAACGUGGCAAAUAAUAAUAACCACGUUGUAAAUAAUAACAAUAAUUAUAUAAAUAACAACAACUAUAUAAAUAACAACAAUGUUGUAAAUAACAACAAUGUUGUAAAUAACAACAGUGUUGUAAAUAACAACAGUGUUGUAAAUAAUAAUAAUAAUUAUAUAAGAAAUAAUAUCUCCUUAAAUAAUGCUCAUGCAUUAAACAUUAAAUUUAAUAAGAAGGAUAAUGUGGACAACCUAAGAAACCAUAUUCCAAACAGUGAAAAUAAAAACAUUGUAAAUAUGUUUAGUUUAAAAAAUAUGAAAAGCAUAAAUGAUUUGUCAGUCUUAAUAAAUAAAAAUAAACCUAUUCAUUUGAUACAUGGUAAUGAGAUACAACAAAAAAGAUCAUUGAGUAAUGUUCAAAAAUUAAAAACGUUGAACACAUUUCCAAAUUCUAAGGGAAGGUUUAGUCUUAUGAAUAAAAUGGCUAGCAUGCCAAAUAUGAGCACAACGAGUAAUAUGAACAUGUCAGGUGUAAACACAGCCUCUUCUGAAGGAUUAAUCAGUAUGAAUAAUAUAAACAAUGUGAAUAAUAUAAACAAUGUGAAUAAUAUAAACAAUGUGAAUAAUAUAAACAGUGUGAAUAAAAUAAAUACCUUGAAUAAUAUAAACAAUAUGCAUAAUAUUAACAACAUGAAUAAUAUAAACAUGAAUAAUAUAAACAACAUGAAUUAUAUAAAUAAUGUAAGCAAUAUAAAUACACUAAAAUUAUUAAACAAUAAUAAUGAUAUAUAUAACUUAAAUGCACAAGUAAAAAAUAAUAGUGAUAUACAAAAGAAAUUUAGUAUAUGUGGCAAAAGUGACACCUCUGAAAGUCUAAAUAAGAAUGUAAAAUACUUAAAAUAUAUACAAGAAAAUAUUCAAUAUUUGAAUAAUCUUGAUGAUAAUAAAAGGAAGUAUUCUCUUACAAGUAUAACUGAUGUGGGAGGUAUAAAAAAAAAAAAAAAUAUGAAUGAUAUUUUUUUAGGAAAGCAUGAUAAUAUAUUACUUUCAGAUGAAAUGCAAAAUAUAAAUAUAGGAAGAAACAUGUUGAAUAAUAACAACAACAAUAAUAAUAAUUAUAUGAUAAAUUAUAAUGAUAAUGAUAAAAGUAAGAUAAUAAAUAAUGUUAUAAUAAAUAAGAAUGUGUCGACAGAUUUGUCAAACGAUAGAGAAUAUGAUAUAAAUAAAAUGAAUAUUUAUAAUGUGGAAAAGGAUGAAAAUAAUUAUAUUAAUAUUGUGAAUAAUAAGAUAAAGAAAAAUAACAUUGAUCUUAAUAAUAAUGUGAUGAAAUUGAAUAGUAUGGAUGAAGAAGAAGGUGUGAAUAAAUUAUCGAUAGUAUCGUCAGAUCUGAACAAUAACAAUAUUAAUAAUAUGAAUAGUAUGAAUAGUAUGAAUAAUAUGAUUAGUAUGAAUAGUAUGAAUAAUAUGAAUAGUAUGAAUAAUAUGAAUAAUAUGAAUAAUAUGAAUAGUAUGAAUAGUAUGAAUAAUAUAAACAUAAAUCCAAGUUGUAAUAAAGUGACAAUGAAAAAAGUGUCUAAAAAAGAGAAUGAUCAAAACAUGGGGUCUCCAAAAAAAAUUAGUGAAGAAAAAUAUAAUUUUCUUAAAAAUUUGAUAAGAAAUAAUAAGAAUAUGGUGAAAUUAAAAUAUCUAAAUAAAUUUAUAGGAAAAAGAAACGGACCAUCAAUAAAAAAUAAUAUGAACGAUAUGAUGAUUAAGAUGAAUAAUAACAUGAAGGAUGUUAUGAAUAUAAAAGAUACAACAAAUAUAAGCAAUAUAAAUAACAAUAUUAAUAAUAAUAAUAAUAAUGAUAAUAAUAAUAAUAAGGUGGUAGAUGUGAAUACAAAUAAUUGUAUUUCUUAUAAUAGUUGUAACAAAAUUAAUUAUAUACAUAAAUAUAAAAAGAAAAGAGUUUUAUGUUUAGAUAAUAAACAUGGGAAGAGUGAAAUAAAACAAAAUGAGAAAUUAAUUUUUACAAGUUAUGAAAUAAAAAUAUUUUUAUUAAAUACAAUUAAAGCAAUAGGUAUAAUUUUUAAGAAAUGGAAAUUUAAAAAUUUUGGAUUAUAUUUUUGGUAUCAUAUAAAAUCUAUAGAAAAUGAAAGAGAUAUAAAAUUUUAUAUUAAUUUAUUUAAUUUUUUGUUUGAAAUAAUAACAGGAAAAAAUAUAUAUUAUCAAUUAAAUGAUAUUCAUAAUAUUGUUAAUUUAUUCAAAGAAUUUAAAAUUUAUGAUUGUAAACAUGUUCUUAAAAAAACUAUUAAAGUUUUAAAUAAAUAUGCAAAAAAAAAUUCCAAACAAUUUUCACUUUCUGAAAAUAAUCAACAUGUAGUAUUAGAUAUAAAUAAAAAUAUGUUAUUUAAUGAUGAUGAAAAAUUAACAACAUGUAAUAUAAAACAAAAUGAACAAGAACAAAUUAAAAGUAAUAUUCUUUAUGAUCAUUAUAAUAUAAAUGUAGAUAAUAAACAAAGUGAUCAAAUCAUAUCAAAUGAAAAUAAUAACUCAAAGGAUAAUUUUUAUUCAUAUCUAUAUCAAUCAUUACAAGGAAAAAAUCAUAUUCUUCAACAACCAGGUGUACAAAAUAUGCAUAUAUAUAAUAUGUUUGCACAUUUUAAUGAAUUAAAUUAUAAUGAUAUGUUUAACUUUUCAAUAACCUAA